AUGACAAAAGUGGUUUGUGAAGUGAAGAAGUUUCAUGGAAAUGCCACUUAUUUGUUGGCUUGUAUGUAUGCUUCGUGGUUUGAAUGCUUCAUCGGGACCAUUUUGAUUCUGCCUUAUAAAUAUGGGGUCAUUCAUUUGGCUGAACCUGGUCGUAUCAUCGAAGGAUUUGAGAACACUGAAAAUUAUCUCAGACUAAACGAACUGAACUGGAAAUGCUGCCCGAUUCUCAUUGCUUCAUUUCUGGAAUGGCAUUAUGUAGGAAUAGUAAACAGUGGAUUUUCUUGUUUUUUACUUGAGAGAACCUUGGCUACAGUACUAUUCAAUGACUAUGAAUCAACAAGUCGUCGAAAACUAUCAAUAUUUCUGAUAGUUUUCCAUCAAUCCUAUGCAAUGUUCAUUGCUGUCAUGAUGUUUUUUCAUGUGUUUCCAUUGAAAGAACUGUUGGGAAUGAAUGCGUUCGGAUUGGUGUUUCUGGUUCCAUGCCUACUCUUCCUUCGUUAUUACAAUUUCCGUGCAAGAACAAACAUGCGAUUGGGUAAGAAUAUUACAAAGAACUCGUUGGCUGCCAAGUUCCAAACCGAGGAAAAUCUCAGAUCAAUUAUACUAGCGUUUCGAAUUUUUGUCAUCAUGAUAUUUUUUGAUAUAGCGUUCCUUGUUAUUAUUUUCGCCGCUAUGUUGAAAGUUCCGGGUGCAAAAUAUUAUUUUCAAGCAGCUGAGCAUAUUGUCUUCUUCGGUCCAAUAUUCUUGGUUCCUGCUGUUGUGUCAACUGAGAAGGAUUGGAGAAAGCGAUUCCUUUACUAUGUUCCAGUUAAUAAAAUUCGGAUUCGACCGGAGAAAUUGGACACAACAAACUAUCAGGUGUCGACAAUUGCAGAAGAAACAACGGCGAUUCAUUUUAUGCAAUUACAGAAUUUAUGGGUUUAG